AUGUUGGAGGGUCAGCCCUGCCUGAUAUCGCGGCCGCUGCCGAGCUCAUGCGAGCAGGAGUCCAAGUGGGUCUACAUGCGCUACCAUCUCCUGGAGAUCUCCUCCGGUAAGGGCAAGCGCCCCUCGCCGGAGAAGGAGGAGGAGCACUCCAACGGCGGCGCCCACAGGAAGAAGAAGCAGGCGGCGGCGCCGCCGCCCCCACCUGUAACUGCGGCGCCGGAGGAGGCCUCCUCCUCCGAGGAGGGGCAGGGGGAGCAGCAUUACUACGAGCCGAAUUCCCUAAUCCAGGCACUGGGCAGGGACAUCUCCAUCAACUGCCUCCUCCGCUGCUCGAGGUCCGACUACGGCGUCCUGGCGGCGCUGAACCAGAGCUUCCGGUCGCUGAUCAGGAGCGGCGACCUAUACCGGUUCCGCCGCCAGAACCGGGUGGUAGAGCACUGGGUCUAUCUCUCCUGUAGCGUCCUCGAGUGGGAGGCCUUUGACCCGCGCCGCCGCCGGUGGAUGCGCCUCCCCAGGAUGCCGCUUCCUAACGAGUGCUUCGUCUGCUCCGACAAGGAGUCCCUCGCCGUGGGCACCGAGCUCCUCGUCUUCGGCCGCGAAGUCAACUCCCACAUCGUCCUUCGCUACAGCAUUCUGACCCACACCUGGUCUCCCGGAGCGGAGAUGAACACCCCCAGGUGCCUCUUUGGCUCCGCGAGUCUCGGAGAGAUCGCCAUCGUCGCUGGCGGCUGCAGCGCCCAGGGCGCGGUCUACAGCUCCGCAGAGCUCUACAACUCGGAGACGCAGAGAUGGACGUCGCUGCCGAGCAUGAACACACCGCGGAAGAUGUGCUCCGGGAUAUUCAUGGACGGCAAGUUCUACGUCAUCGGCGGGACCGGCGCCGGCGGGGCGGCGCUAACCUGCGGGGAGGAGUACGACCCGCGGAGGGGCACGUGGCGGGUCAUCGACGACAUGUUCCCGGCGCAGAACGGCGGCGCCACCGGGGCGCCGCCGCUGGUGGCGGUCGUCGGCGACGAGCUCUACUCGGCGGACUACGCGGAGAAGGUGGUGCGCAAGUACGAGAAGAAGAGCAACCAGUGGUUGACCCUGGGGAGCCUGCCGGAGAGGUCCGUAUCGGUAAACGGCUGGGGGCUGGCCUUCCGCGCCUGCGGGGAGCAGCUGAUCGUGAUCGGCGGGCCGAGGUCGACCAACGGGGGGAGCAUCGACCUCAACGCCUGGGUUCCCGGUGAGGCGCCUCCGCAAUGGGAACUCAUCGACUCUAAGGCCUCCGGCGGCUUCGUCUACAACUGCGCCGUCAUGGGCUGUUGA